GAGGUCGAGGGCUGGGGCCGGAGGCAGGGGUACAAACUCGGUCUUACCUCUGUAGCGCAACUUUAAGGCACAGGAGGUCAAGUCUGUUGUGUCGGUGUUCCCCCGUUUGGGGAGUUGGUGGGACCGACUGGCUGACACCGUGGAUGUGCAGAAACUCCCGAACUCUGCCAUGUGCUGUCCUGGAAUCCCAGUAUAACUGCACCCUGCUUUGCUCUUCCGCUGCGAACCCUACCCACCCACCCAGUUUUGCUCCGAGGCUGUCAGCAGUCCUGGCUCUGUGAGGGUCCAGUCCCAGAACCCCAGACUACAUGUCCAUAGUACCCAGGGGUUCUGCUUUCACAUCUCAAAGCCGGCGCUCCCCUCUCCCUGCCUACCGAGGGAGACCUGGGUUCUAGAUUUGGCGCUGCCACUCCCCGGGUAUCCUCCUACCUCCUAGAGCCUCAGUUUGGCCUCUAUAAAAGAAGGUGAUUUAAAGAUCCUCCCAGCCCCCGGUCCUGAGGUCCUUUACUCUGGAUUCUUGUCUGUGCUCCAGAAUUUGGAGGAAGAAAGCAAGAGUGUAGCAAUUCCAGAGGCUCCCUGGUGGAGGCUUGACGGUUCCUCAACCGGGUAAUGUUAGGUGGCUUUGAGUCCUAGCCUUCUUAUUUUAAGUGUGAUCAGCUGAGUCUCGGUUACCCAGCCAUACUUUUUAUUCCCUGUGUUUCUUUCUGUAAAUGCCUUCCUGCUUAGCCCAGAAGAGAGUGGGGCAUUCUGGGUACAGAGGUGAAAGGUUGGAGGGUGACUUGGGGAGCUGACAGCGUGCAUCUGCCUCUGGUGCUUGCCCCUGCAGGGAGUGCUCAAUGCCCCCUCCCUAUGCCACCCCCCAUGCUGCCCCUGUCCCGCUGGCUGAGAUCUGUGGGGGUCUUCUUGCUGCCAGCCCCCUGCUGGGUGCCCCAGGACAGGUUGCUGGGUCCCCUGCGGCGACCCACCCUGGGGCACAGGUGCCCAGUCCUGGGGGCCUGGCACAGUGCCCGCUGCUGGUGGCAAGCGCGGACAGAGGAGCCUCGAGCAUUUUACUCCUCCCUCAGAAUGAAUGGAGACCAGAAAUUGGAUGCUUACACCCAAGAAAGGCAGAAUUUCAUCCAGCACUUCUCCCAGAUUGUCAAGGUGCUGACUGAGGAGGACAUUGGGCACCCAGAGACAGGCGAUGCCAUUACCCGACUCAAGGAGGUCCUGGAGUACAAUGCCAUUGGAGGCAAGUACAAUCGGGGUUUGACGGUGGUGGUAACAUUCCGGGAGCUUGUGGAGCCCAGGAAACAAGAUGCUGACAGUCUCCAGCGGGCCCUGACGGUGGGCUGGUGUGUGGAACUGCUCCAAGCCUUCUUCCUGGUGUCAGAUGACAUUAUGGACUCAUCCCUCACCCGACGGGGGCAGACCUGCUGGUAUCAGAAGCCAGGCAUAGGUUUGGAUGCCAUCAAUGAUGCUUUCCUUCUGGAAUCAUCCAUCUACCGCCUGUUGAAGCUGUACUGUCGGGAGCAGCCCUAUUACCUGGACCUAAUCGAGCUCUUCCUGCAGAGUUCUUAUCAAACUGAGAUCGGGCAGACCUUGGACCUCAUCACAGCCCCCCAGCACAACGUGGAUCUUGGCAGAUUCACAGAAAAGAGGUAUAAGUCUAUUGUCAAGUACAAGACAGCUUUCUACUCCUUUUACCUUCCUGUAGCUGCUGCCAUGUAUAUGGCGGGCAUUAAUGGGGAGAAGGAGCAUGCCAAUGCCAAGAAGAUCCUGCUGGAGAUGGGAGAGUUCUUUCAGAUUCAGGAUGAUUACCUUGAUCUCUUUGGGGACCCCAGCGUGACGGGUAAGAUCGGCACGGACAUCCAGGACAACAAGUGCAGCUGGCUGGUGGUUCAGUGUUUGCAGCGGGCCUCUCCAGAGCAGCGCCAAAUCCUGCAGGAGAACUAUGGGCAGAAGGAGGCUGAGAAGGUGGCCCGGGUGAAGGCGCUCUACGAGGAGAUGAAUCUGUCGGCUGUGUACAUGCAAUACGAGGAAGACAGUUACAGCCACAUUAUGGGUCUCAUCGAGCAGUAUGCUGCGCCCCUGCCCCCAGCCAUUUUCCUGGGGUUAGCACAAAAGAUCUACAAGCGGAAAAAGUGACCUAGAGUCUGUGAAGGUGGGGAAGGGAGGCUUCUCAAUAAAUUAACGUCUAACCUGUGGUU